AAUAGCGUGCGCAAACAAAUAAUUUAGGGCGAGAGAGAGCAUAUAGUUCCACUUUCCACCAAUCUUUUCAUUUUUUUUUUCAACUUGCAUUAAACUUCUGCUCAUUGGACAACCCACCAUUUUUAUUUAUUUAUUUUUAAUUCUUAAACUAAAUCAACAUAAAUUCCUCCAAAAUCUCUCUAUUUUCAUUCUCUGCCACAGCAAGUCUCAGCUGAAUCAACCUCUGCAAUAACAAACCCCAAAGCUCAAAUACCCGAUUUCCCAAAGGCUUUUUCAAUUCGAUCCUGUGGUCAAGACUCCGUUUUGAUCUGCCUUUGGGAAUCCUGGGCAGAAAGGGCUGUUCCUGAUUUUUCUUUUUUUACGCGGAGAUGGACUUUUGAAACCGUAUUAAAAGGAAACCCAUAUUUAUUAUAUGCGCGUGUCGGAAAUUUGUUUGAUUUAUUCAUCUUUUGCAAGGAAAUAUUGAAUUUUGGGAAGACCCAAUUGAAAAAUAGUCACAUUUUGUGGGUGUGUGAUGGGUUUUACUGAUGCGAAAAAUGGCGGUGGUGGUGUUGGAGCUUUGAGGAGCCUGGUGAGGAGAAAACGGGUUGAUUCUGCUCAUAAAAAGUCAUCGUCUUUAUCAGGAAGUGGUCAUCAUCAUUUGGCUAAGGCUUUAACUGUACCUCAUCUCAUAGCCAUAGGUGUCGGGUCAACAAUUGGAGCUGGAGUUUACAUUCUUGUUGGUACUGUUGCAAGAGAGCACUCGGGGCCCGCCUUAACCUUUUCCUUUCUGAUAGCUGGAAUUGCAGCUGCUCUUUCUGCUUUCUGCUAUGCCGAGCUAGCCAGUCGUUGCCCUUCAGCUGGAAGCGCUUAUCAUUAUUCUUACAUAUGUGUUGGCGAAGGUGUUGCUUGGUUGAUUGGUUGGGCUCUGAUAUUGGAGUAUACUAUAGGAGGUUCAGCAGUUGCUCGAGGCAUAUCACCUAAUCUGGCUUUGCUUUUUGGAGGCCCAAGUAGUCUCCCUUCGAUUCUUGCUCGACAAACCAUCCCUGGGAUUGGGGUUGUAGUUGACCCAUGUGCAGCUGUCUUAGUUUUCGUGGUCACUGGACUUUUAUGCGUGGGGAUCAAGGAGAGCACAUUUGUCCAAGGAAUAGUCACUGCUGCCAAUAUAUGCGCCAUGAUUUUCGUCAUCAUAGCUGGUGGAUAUUUAGGCUUCAAGACUGGGUGGCCCGGUUAUGAACUCCCCACAGGAUAUUUUCCAUUUGGGGCCGAUGGGAUGCUUGCUGGUGCAUCGACUGUGUUCUUCGCAUAUAUAGGGUUCGAUUCUGUUGCUAGUACAGCUGAAGAGGUGAAAAACCCUCAACGAGAUCUGCCAAUGGGCAUUGGUUUUGCUCUGUCUAUAUGUUGCACCCUUUACAUGUUAGUUUCUGCAGUAAUUGUCGGUUUAGUGCCUUAUUAUCAAAUGGACCCGGACACUCCUAUCUCGUCUGCUUUUUCGGCUCAUGGAAUUCAUUGGGCAGCGUAUAUAAUAACCAUUGGAGCAUGUUUUGCUCUUUGUUCGACAUUGAUGGGCUCAAUCCUUCCACAGCCACGAAUACUUAUGGCAAUGGCCAGAGAUGGAUUACUCCCAUCGUUUUUUUCUGAUGUGAACAAAAAAACUCAAGUCCCGAUGAAGAGUACUAUAGUGACUGGUGUACUUGCAGCAGUUUUGGCAUUUUUUAUGGAUGUCGAACAAUUAUCGGGAAUGGUUAGUGUCGGCACACUUUUGGCUUUUACGAUGGUGGCAAUUUCUGUGCUUAUACUGAGAUAUGUUCCACCUGACGAGGUUCCACUUCCACCGUCCUUUCAAGAAGCUAUAGAUUCGGUUUAUAUGCGGUAUAGUAUGAGCAAUAGUCCCGGAGAUGCUGACGUGGAGCCUGUUCCGGUUUUAGCCUGUAAAAAAACGAGGAUUGAGGAUCCACUUAUCGAGAAAACAGCUGGGCAGUUAAACAGUCUCACGAACGAGGGAAAUAGAAGGAGAAUUGCUGGCUGGUCUAUAUUGAUCACGUGCAUCGGAGUUCUUAUUCUGACUUCUUCCGCAUCAAGUUUGACCCUUUAUAGUCCUGUUCGGUUCGCACUUUGUGGACUUGGUGGCAUUUUCCUUCUCUCUGGAUUGGGUUUGUUGACCUGGAUUGACCAAGACGACGCAAGGCACAAAUUCGGGCACACGGGAGGCUUCAUUUGCCCGUUUGUUCCCUUGUUGCCUAUUACCUGCAUUUUGAUCAACGUCUACUUGUUAAUAAACCUCGGUGGUGCCACAUGGGCACGUGUCUCGGUUUGGCUGGCCGUGGGGGCGCUCGUCUACAUUUUUUAUGGCCGUAAACACAGCUCGUUGCAUGAUGUCGUUUACGUCCCGGCAGCACAUCUUGAUGAGAUUUACGAGAGGCACAACACUUUCCCUUGAAUGAUGCAAAAAAAUCUCCCGAAAAAUCGAAGAUGAAAAAAAGCCCGCGUUAUAGUUCUUUAUAGCAAGCGAAAUACAAAAUUUUUACGUCGUUGGAUCUGUGUUUCAAAUCUCAGAAGCACAUCAAUAAUUUCGCGUUACGUUUUGUCGAAUUUUUCGAAUUCGAUGUUCUUUAUUGUGUGAUGUCUUGUAACAUAUUACGUAGUUCAGUUUCAAGUUAUAGCAGAAUAGAAGAUGAUCAGAAAUUUGUGUAUACAUAUGUAAUGGUUUCUACUUUCUGCUUCUGUUGGGAAUUUGUAUGGACAUUCAUUUGUAAAUAGUCGUCAUAGAUUAUCUGACUUAUUUCAGAAACUACCCUGAAGUUUAGCCUGAUUAUAAAAAGGUCCACUCACUGUUUAAAAU